AGCGAAAUGAUAUAAGACAAUGCCCAAUUCAGCUUGUUCAGACCGUCAUCAUUACUGAACACUCAUCAACAAAGACAAGCAUCUCAUCUCUGCUAAUGUCACGGUCCUACAAUUGUCAUACACAUUCACAAUUCAAUUUUACAACAAACCUUCAUCAUGACGACCAACUCAUUCGGUGGAGCUCUCCCUCGCUUUGACUUCCCGUCCCAACCAGCCCCAUCUGUAUCACGCAUGGCGCGCAUCCACAAAGCCCUCCCAGUUGUAUUAGUCGCAGCAACAGUGGCUGCUGUAGCACUCAAGACUAUCCAAGAGGCCAGAGAGUCUCACGCCUCCAUUCACGCCAUGUUGUUCGGCCGCGCUCCAGCACAAGGCCUGGUACCUCGAGGACAAGGCAUCAUUGACAAGCAAAACGUUGACUUGGGCGCAAAGGUGAACAAGUAACAGGCUUCAGAUCCAAAUGGAAUUUAUCUGCCAAACGAAUGAAUAGGAUGCAAGUCUGGGACAUUAUAUUAACGAGAGCUGGGCUGGACCCCGUGUAUCAUUUAAUCAAUAUGAACACUAUUGCAACGCUUCUUGAAAUUCGCAACAUCGUUGAGCUGCUAAAAUGAGAUCAUGGUGAGGAGCAUUGACCACUUCUAAAACGUUGUCAGUACUUGCUGUUAUCUGCAGUGCGCUAGAAAGCCUGGUAAGGGGGGUUUCCAUACACACGCAUGUGAUUAUGUGUUGUGACAGCCCCCAGACUUAGCACUACCGAGGCGCGGUCUUGCAAAACUGGCA